AUGACCCGAGACCUGCGCGUGUUCCGGGACCGCAUAUUGCUAGAGCUGUGUGACGCCCUGUCGCUGGUCGCUGAUCAGGCGCAAUACGCGGGAGCUUUCGGGAAUGAAAGCUAUCGCGUCGACGUCGAUGCCAUGGCUAGGAACCACUACAAUAUUGCCGUGGCAUGGGAUUUAAACCUCGAGCAAGACCAAGACCAAGGCCAAGAUCAAGACAUCCUAUGCGACCUUUUAACACAGAAGUAUGAGUUUGUGGAUGCUAAUCAACGGUGCCUCUUCAAAAUCUUGAUAGAUGGCUACAAGGCAUACAGAAAACAGAGUUCGAUAGAGUAUUGGUCCUGCAUGGCGACGGAAGACUUCGAGGACGCCCUCGCGGCGUGCUUAACGAGGCUGCCGAAUCUGGAGGCGUUGGAGAUCGGUGCGCAGCGUGGUGCGCUGAUGGACGCGCGUGCGAUCCUCGAGACAAAUGACCUUGACGGGCUGCGCCGUUUCGUCGAGUUCGGGCACCAUGGUCCGUGGAAGGGUCCCAACGGUAGCCGCGACUACUACCUUGCCCGCAUCAUGAAGCGGCUUCCCGGGAAGAUCCACGACGCGGGAAUACGCCUCCGGACGCUGCGGCUAGGCGCGGUUCCCUUUGCAACCCGGGUUCCGCGGGAUUUGAACGACGAGAAAUCCGCUACCCAAGGCCACCUCCCGGACGACGCGGCGCUGGCGCUGGCGGCUGUGGCCCGCACGCUCGAGCACGUCACCUUCACCGCGUACCACGAGCCGGGCAGGUGGUGGGAUAACUGGGUAGAAGACUGCGCGCGCGUGGUACUGAGCAGUCCGGCACUGCGCACACUUGAACUGCUCGUGCCACAGGCGACCGGCGGCGGUGUUCCUGAGAGCCCGAGGACGCCGAUCGCGCAUCGCGUCGGCCGCUUGCUGGCGGAGCGCACGCUGGUAGGACUCCGCGGCCUGCGCCUCACGGGCGUGGCGGUGCGAGCGGCGAGCUUGGUGCCGAUGCUGGCCGGGUGCAGCGGUGAGGUGCACCUCGACGGCGUCUACCUGGAGGACGGGCUCUGGGCGGACGUGCUGGACGAGGUCGUAGCGGCGCCGCGACGGGGGCGAGCGGUACGGAUGCGGUGCGUCAGGGGCGGCGAGAUGGGACGCAUCUUGCUGCAUGAGCCGGUCGCGCGGGAAAAGGAGGACGAGUACGUGAGAAUGGGCUAUGGCGGGACGGAGCCAAUCGUGCUGUUGAUGGCGGAGCGAUACCUGGCUUGUGACGCGCGCGUGCCGAGGAAUCCGUUCCGGGAGCACAAGAACAAUGGAGCGUAUUUUCGGGCGAGAAAGAGUUUGGCGACGACUGCUUGA